AUGAGUGAUGUGGAAACGCGGGGUUUUUGGUAUUUCAACUUUCCAGAAACAUCGCCGCCUGUGAGAGUGUACAACGUUCCUUUGGGAACAUCGCUUAUUCUGAGUUCGGACAAUGAUCCUUUACAAAUCUCACAAUCGCCGUCUGAGAAUUCGGACAACGAUGCUAUGCAAACCUUGCAAUUGCCGUCUGAAAAUUCGAACAAUAAUGUGCAAACCUUGCAAUCGCCGCCUGUGAGAGUGUACAAUAUUCCGUUAGAAUCAUCGCCGACUCUGAGUUCGGACAACGAUCUUUUACAAAUCUUGCAAUCACCGCCUGGAAGUUCGGACGAUGAUACAUCAUCAGGUGUUUCCAGUAACCAACAACUACGAAAAAUGGAUAUCGAGGAGUGCGAUAAUUUUGCUCCAACUCCUGCAAUCAAGUACUAUUCACUGGAGGGGAUUCGACUCAAAUCGUUUGCAUUAUGGCCGAUGCUUCUAAAAGAGCUAAUCGACCCAAUGGUCUUGUGUGGAUUCUUUUAUACUGGAACCGGAGACAGAGUCCAAUGUUUUUUCUGUGGAAUAGCAGUAGAUCGAUGGGUGGCCGAUGACGAUAUAUGGGGAGAGCAUUUGAAGUAUAGUCCGCAAUGUUUAUAUGCCCAGUCAACACAGAAAAAAUUCAUCAUAGCGGAACCGGACAAGUUGCCGUCGUCGAACACAUUCGAUGUGGUGGAAAAUAAACUGCACGAAUGUCCAAUAUGUUCAGCCCUAACGGACACCAUGUAUGCUUUCAUUCCAUGUGGCCAUGUUGUCUGUUUAAUUUGUGAAAGUAAAAGUAAGGAUUGUUUUACAUGCCGUCACCGAAAGACGACGGCCAUGCGAAUUUAUCUGUAG